AUGACGUCCCUCUUUGUCAAUGAUGAUGUAGAGGAAUCGUAUGACGACGGACCAGAAGAACGUAUUCUUAAUAGGGCUGGCUUGUUGGUGCGAAGAAGUUUCCAUCCAUUGUUGUUCGAUCAGAAAUCUGCUACUGUAAAAAUCGAUGAAAUUACCUGCAGCGAACUUUUCGACUUCUCUGAACGACGAGUUCCUCGCUUUAAUGUGUAG